UGGGUUCAUUCAUGUUUCUGUUAUUGAAGGGAUCACAUCACAAAGUUGUUAUUGUUUAUGUUUUAAAUUGUAUCUCUUUUUGUUAAUUGUUUCUGUUUUAAUUCAAACCUAAUUACAUUAACUAUGGUUAAAUAGAAAACAAUCAGUGAAUUAAAUUGUUACCAUAGAAGCGGCGAAAAAAGAAAUGUUGAUAAUUAGUGUUUCUAUUGAUUAAUUUUCCUGGUUGAUCUUCACCUUAACCUUGUUUACUUUUUUUCUCCCUCUCUCAAUGUUAAACACAUUGACAAUUUUUUCUUAAUCUUUUCCACCAUUAACCUAACAUAGAUUGUCCUUCAAAUGUGUCCCGUUAUCCUUUUGACCUUUAUUUACUCUUUACUCUGUCUAUUUAUUCAAAUAGUUACUUCCCUUUCCGUAAAUUAUGGAAUCAAUGAGGUUAGAAUCAAAGAAGGUGAAUCGACACUCAUCAAUUUCACUCUAACCGAUAAAAUUCAUUCUACUUAUGCUGAUGGUCACCUUUACUAUCAAUUGAGAAUCAGUUCACCUCGUGUUGCUGACCUUAAGACCGAUGGGUCAAUGAAAAGAAUCACCUUGGAUAAAGCUUAUCUCAUCCCAGAUAAAAAUGGCUACUUCAAUUAUUCAUCGUCGGUCACAAUAGUUGGUAAACUAUUGGGACACACAAACCUUUUCCUUCAAUACAUUAAUCCAAAUGAUACUCAUUACACCAAUGGAUUAACAAGUGCUCUUAAAGAUAAUCCACCAUGUGCUCAAAAAGAUGAUGAACAUAUUUCAUCAUCAGCUGAAUCUUUAACCGUUAAUCUAAAUUCACUGGUUAAUGGUGAAAAUGUUGUUGACAAAACAAAUCAAUUAUCUAUUCUGGUCUCACUUAAACAUAGUAAAUUGGAAAAUGUAUUCACCCUUUCAGUCGUUUCCCUGGUUCUAUUGAAUUUCAUCAACAUGGGAUGUGCUGUUGAUCUGGUGGUCAUUCAAAGUGUCCUUAAGAAGCCAAUAGCACCUCUAAUUGGUUUAAUAUCUCAAUAUGUGGUCAUGCCUUUGACGGCGUGGAUAGUGGGCUAUUUUUUGCUCUCCGGUGAAGCUUAUUACUAUUGGUUUGGUUUAUUUGCCUUCGGAUGUUCACCCGGUGGAAAUGCCUCCAACAUGUGGACCCUUCUCCUCGGUGGUAACCUCAACCUCAGCCUCACCAUGACGUUCAUCAGCACCUUCGCCGCCUUAUUUAUGAUUCCUCUUUGGUUAUUUACUUUGGGAAUCUACGUUAAUGGUCCAAGUACAAUAAAUGUCCCUUAUAUAAAAAUCGUUCGGACAUUGGCCGCAAUGGCCUUUUUCCUAGGAAUCGGUCUUCUUUUCCAAAAAUAUCUUCCCAAAGUUUCCAAGAUCUGUAAACGGAUAUUGGCUCCUGUAUCUACAGCAAUGAUCAUAUUCAUAGUCAUAUUCAGCACUUACGUUUACUGGUCUAUGGUUAAACUAUUAACUUGGCGUAUCUUAAUCUCAGCGGGUCUCAAUGUUUGGGUCGGUUUUCUUAUUGGAUUUGUAUUUGCAGUUAUCUUUAGCUUUGAAAAAGCUGACCAAAUAGCCAUUGCCAUUGAAACUGGAGUCCAAAAUACAGGAAUAUCCAUCAUGCUGAUACGUUUAGCACUUAAACCACCCGAAAGCGAUUUAGCAACACUACUACCCGUCGCGGCUUCACUAAUGACACCGAUUCCAUUGAUGUUUCUCUGGAUAAUUAAACGAUGUUGCAAUUGUAAAGGAUCAAAAAAUGUCAUUUACAGUCCACCCGAAGAUGAAAUUAUCCAUAAGCAUCUUCGUACACCCCAAUCAGUAAAUGGCUUUAAUGCCGUUAAAAGUUUUUAACCAAUUGUUAACAAUUAAAAGAUAUAUAAUUAUUAAUAUUAAGUUAAUUUAGUUUAAAAAAAACCUACAGAUUAAAAACAAAGAAAGUAAUUUAAUUAUUUAGUAAGAUUUUAAA